UGUUCCUCAAGUAGAGGUCCCUGCGCCUGUGCUGCCAUCUUCUUCACUAACCAAAGCAAGAUCAAUAAAUAUCAUACCACGCGAGAGGAGCGAACAGAUCAACAACAAUGGAGUGCGUGUUUGGACUAGUAGGCAACGGUUUUGCGAUUGUAGCGGCGGAUACAUCGGCUGUUCACAGCAUUCUUGUACACAAGUCCAACGAAGACAAGAUCAUUAUCCUUGAUUCCCACAAGCUCAUCGCUGCUAGCGGCGAGCCUGGCGACAGAGUUCAAUUCACGGAGUACAUACAGAAGAACGUGGCGUUGUAUCAGUUUCGUAAUGGAAUUCCUUUGACCACUGUAGCUGCUGCUAACUUUACUCGAGGGGAGCUCGCUACUGCUUUGAGAAAGAACCCUUCCUUUGUGAACAUUCUUUUGGCCGGCUAUGACAAAGAGACUGGCCCUUCUCUCUACUACAUUGACUAUAUUGCUACCCUUCACAAGGUUGAAAAGGGAGCUUUUGGGUACGGAUCUUAUUUUUCUCUCUCCAUGAUGGACAGACACUUCCAUAGUGGCAUGUCAGUGGAAGAAGCAAUUGAUUUGGUUGAUAAGUGCAUACUGGAGAUCCGAUCCAGGUUGGUUGUGGCACCACCAAACUUUGUAAUCAAGAUUGUUGACAAGGAUGGAGCAAGAGAGUAUGCCUGGCGUGAAUCUGUCAAGGAAGCUGUAGCGGCUUAGUGUAUUUUAUUUCUUGUUUAUGUUUAAUUUUAUUAUUAUUAUUUUUUUUUGGUCAAUAGUGAAUGCUAAUAUUCGACUGCCCAGAACUAGUUUCAAAUACUUGUUUCGUACUUGUGCUUAUACGUUACUUUGCUCGUCUUCUCGAGAAGUUGUGUUUUGUAAUGUGCAUACGACUUCAUGAUCAUCCUAUACCCUGAAGCAGGAAGUAAAUUAAAUUUAAAAGUUACUUAAAGGUUGCUUAAAUUUGAAA